GUUCAGCCUUGCCCCAAACUCUAAACCUCAUACUCAAAAUCAUCAAAUUUACUAGCAAUCAAAAGACCAGAGAAUCAAUUCAUAUAUCAAAAUCAAAGCAGAAAAACAGAGUUCAAUUCUUUUAGAAGAAAUUAAAUCAAAAUGAGUUCAAGCAGGAGAGCGUGGAUAGUGGCAGCCAGUGUUGGAGCAGUUGAAGCCUUAAAAGAUCAAGUUGGAUUGUGUAGAUGGAAUUACCCAUUGAGGUCUUUGGCACAACACACAAAGAAUAACAUCAGAUCUUACUCUCAAGCUAAGAAACUUUCUUCUUCUUCACUUAUUGCAAGGAGCGACAAGGCAAAUCAAUCUGAAGAGUCUUUGAGAAAAGUCAUGUACUUGAGCUGCUGGGGUCCCAAUUGAAGUUUCUUUGCAGAAUCUUACUGUAAUUUUUGUAGAGCUGGAGAGAAAAAUAAUGUAAGGAGCGACAAGGCAAAACAAUCUGAAUAGUCUUUGAGGACAGUUAUGUACUAGAGCUGUUGGGGUCCCAAUUGAUCUCUUCUCUAGGUAUCUUCAUUGUCAUUUUUGAAGACCCAAAGAUUUUCGAGAGGACAGAUUGAAAAAAGAAAAAAAAUGUAUGGCUAUGAUUGUAAAUAGAGUUUAAGUCAUGCCAUCUUAGAAGCAUGCAUUAUUUCGAAUCAUUCGAAGAAUGACACAUGAAAUUAUGAAGUACUGUAGAUAUUUUGAUGGAAUUAUGAUAUGAAUGAUCGAUUAGUACUCUG